AUGAGGAACUGGGGGUGUAGAUUAUGUGCCGCCUCGCUUCUGGGUGCGUUUUGGGCUUUGGGGAUUGAGGCGGCCGACUUUAAAAGAUACGAUGGAGUUCAUAGGAUUGAAAAGGAGUCACAAAUUACACAGGCCGCGGGGCUUGGUCGACGAGCCGACGAACAAUGUGCUACGAGUAUGAAAUUGUGCCCAGCAAGUCUGAAUGGAGGCUGCUGUCCCGAGAAUUACGAUUGCGCCAAAGAAAGCUGUCAAGCGACAACAAAGGGACCCUCAACAUGUGGAACCAAGAUCGGUUGGCAUGUUUGUGAUGCGGUCUAUGGAGGCGGUUGCUGUCCGGAUGGAUAUUUGUGUGAAACUGCGGACAAUUGCGUCCCGCCAUCUGGAUCACCGUAUACAUACGGGUGCCCAAGCAGUCAAUAUCUCUGUCCGUCGUCAUUAAGCUAUGGAUGUUGUCCCAACGGCCUGGCUUGUGGUGUGAACCAGUGUUACCCUUCUGACCCUGUAACCGUCACGAGCACCAUGAUGAUCACGACGACAAUACAAGGAGAGCGAACAACAUACAGGACGACGGCCAUCGAAGUGGAAACACCAACAGUUCCUACAGCUCUCCCUACAGUCGAUGCUGGCGACAAUAACGACCAAGCAGUUCUGAAGUACUUCCCUUCAGCGAUCGCUAAAGAGAGCCCAACAUCCUCAUCUGACAAGGAUAAUGACGACAAGGGAGGCUUAUCAACCGGUGCACUAGCUGUAACAGCCUUUAUCAUUAUUCGCCAUCUGAAUAAGGUUGUUGCAGCAGUCAGCACCUCAAAGAGAUCCGACCGAUCCCACGGAUCCAACGCUCAACCGAGACCUACGAGGGAGUUUAAGACAGCGGACUCAGAGGUGGACGAGCUGAGCACCAACCCCCUGAUUCAUCCAUCAUUAAUACCUCCACGGCCAAGAAAUCCAGGACCUGAUUCAGCAGCAACGUCGCCAUUCGGUCCUGCAAGUGCAGAUCAAAGUUCGAACGAACCUACGCCUGGGGCAAACGGAUACCAUGCCAUAUCAACAAGUGCCAAUACGAGCAGACACCCCAGCUUUGAUGCGAUGGGCAAUCGUGACGACUACUUUGCAGGUGUGGCUGCAGGUGACCAGCAACGAGUCAGCCAGAUCUCGAGAUUCACACAUUCAACAAGGAACCGGUCGAGUACAGACUCACACGGAACAUAUACCCAUGUUAGAAAUUACAGUAAUGCUUCCGAGGGGUCUGAUGGUACCCCUGGAGUGAUGGCAGGUACUCAGCCUACGGCCGAGCUCGAGGCAACGCCAUAUAUACCAGAGCUACCGAGCUCUCCAUCAUCUGUGGUGUUCCCGCGAGACGAGAGACGGCGAUCAUCUGGCAGUAUUCCGAGUGCCCAAAGUCGACCCCCAGUCGCUCAGCGGAAUUCUAGUGGGCCACGCAUACGGAGCGACUCACUAGGCCAAAGCAAUCUCACCAGUGUUACUGAAGAAAUGCACGGGUUUUACGGGCCGAGUGAACAUCUCGUGGGCCAAACUGAUACACAUCGACCAGGCACGCGGGGUUCGAAUACACAGCUGCAAAAUCCACCCAAAGAACACCCUGGUCCUGUGGCUGAAGAGCCAUAG